UAGAAAGAGAUUGCCAAGCUAUCAAUGUCUCAAAUUGAUUACUAAUUUGCUAUUUCAAAAUGACAAUCAUGGUCAAUGAGAUGUUGAAUGGAUACGUCAGAUAAAUUAAUUGUGUACAUUUCAAACUGCAUCUUUUUUUUUUUGAAUUUGUUGUUAUAAAUUUUUGAUACAUUUAAUGUGGAAACACAUACAAUUUAAAAACAUGUUCUUGAACUCUGUCCUAGGACUCCGUUUUCAGCCUAUUUUCUAUUCAUUUUCAAAACGAAAUAUAAGACCCACAAUAAAAUUAGCCAAGGAUAAAUUCCAAUUAACUAUUGAUGUCCGACAAUUUAAUAAGGACGAAAUUAGGGUAAAAGCACGCCCAGAAUAUGUAAUAAUAGAGGGUAAGCAGGAGAGAAAAACCAAAACAGGAUUCGUGAUGAGGCAAUUCGUGAGAAAAUUCAAGUUGCCCCAAGGAUGUGAUCCUCAGACCAUGCAGUCGAAGCUAUCAGCUGAUGGUCUCCUCACCGUUACAGCACCAAGGAAGUCCUGUUUAACAUCUAAUCUGCCAUGUGAAACAUUAAUACCAAUUUCAGAACCAAAGGAGGAUAAAGGAGACUCCACGAUCUCAGUACAGAAUACCGAUCCAUGUAAUCCGAAAUCUAAUAAACCGUCGUGA